CCUGGCCAGUCGACGGGCCUGUAAGGUGGCCCAUGGGGAAGGGGGAGGGGAAAUGUGCGGAUAACAACAAUAAGGGCAAGAGCAGCUGUUGGCAACAAACGAGCAGUCAGGUCAGAGAGAGAGAGAAAGACAGGCUGGCAAAAGCUCCUGUAGUACCGCGGCAGCCACCAUUUCUACAGUCACGGAAAGAUCCAAGUGUGUUUACUUUGCUUUCAAGAAAAGGAUCAAGUGUAGGGGAAGAAGUCGCGACACUUUCCUUCCUGGGCAAUAUCUUUAUUGCAGUGGGAUUGUUGGGGCAGCACUGUAUGGCUACAAUGGCUCCUGCUCUCACUGAAACGGCCACAGAGCCACAUGGAUUCCAGCUGUCGUCAUCCUCCUUAUCUUCCAGUUCCAUUGAACCUGACGCAUUCUUCCAUGAAGAAGACACCAUUACAGAGCAGAAGUUGAAUGGGGAGUGCCACACACAAUCUGCAUGGUCUCAACUUGUGUAUCCGUUUGCAACACGUGGGCUUGGCAGUGAUGCAACUGAAACAAAACAUGUACCUUAUCGAUCUGGAACUGUGCAUUGUGCAAUUCCAAACAACUUGUUAACAGCUCCUGAUUCUCUACUGGGCAUACUGUCUUUUAACUGUAAUCUAAAUAAUAGGAAGACAUUGUUUAGCAAAAGCUCUGCUGUCAUUCUUGCCAAAAAAUUAUCUUGUGAUAGAACUAAGCAAACACCUGCUUCUAAAGCUAGCAAAAUGUAUUUUGUACCUGAAACAGAAUUAAGUAGUAAUAAUAAUGGCACAAAAGAAUUAAACUCCCAGAAAUACAAUGCUUUGGAGUGUAUGGACAUAUUAACCACUGCUCAUCAGGUGACAUUAGCCUGUGAUUCCCUUUCAAUGACCCUUAAUGAUCCUGGUGGAAUAACUACAAAUCAAAAAGCCAUGUUGAAACCAACCAAAGGAAACAAAACUUGGGAUGCAGUACCAGCACAGGAUGAUAUUCAGUUUGAAAAUUUAUUGAAUAGUGCCAGGCAACCGACCCUGCAGAGAAACCAGGAGAAACAACUCUGUAAUUCCAUGAAAAUAAGGAAAAUUGAAGGUAAUACUGAGCUGCAUGAGUGCCUUGGCAGGCAGCAAGAACUAACUAAAAAGGCUAGCCUGCUUAAAAAACGUCUACAGCUCAUCCAGGCAAAGCAUGUUGAGCACCAAGUUAAGUGCAAAAUUCAAGAGUUUAUAAAGUGCCAGCAUGAAGGGCAGGCAGAAAGAUGCAAAAUCAACAGUUCAAAUACUGAGUCCGUCUUUCCUAGUGGAAUAAAACACAGUGGUGGUGUGCAGACUGGAUUCAUUUCAACGUCAAUCAACUCUGAACUCUUUGAAGAUGCAUGCUUUUCAAAAGCAUUGCUUUCACACAUUGAAGAAAGUGUGGAUUCCGAUGCAACUAGCAGUAGCACUGAUGAGGAUUCAGACAGCGAAGAGAUUGCACUGAAUAGGAAUAUGCCAUUUAAGUACAGGUCCGAGAAGAGAUGGACCCUUGAUCGUGCUGAAGUUGCAAGCCGGUGGACAUGGCUUCAAGCCCAGAUAUCAGAGCUAGAGUUUAGGAUACGACAAAUAAACGAAAUCUACAAGCACAUACGUGUUGCAAAGGAAACAGUGACUCUGGGCGAUUCUCAGUGUUCCGGAGACUCUCCCAAAAAGCAGAUGGAGUUGACAGAAACGGCAGCUUUAUUAGCUGCAGCCGAUGAUAAUAAAACGCCUGUGGAGAUAAAGGAUUCAACUCUGGAAUGCAGUUUGGAAAUAUCACCAAGCAGCCCUUUGCUGCUUCUAAGGAAUAUAGAUAAACAGAGUGCGCAGCUAACGGAAUCAGUAAACAGUUUGAUCCCUCCGCUCAAUUUAUCACCUGCUUCUUCUCCUGUCUCUUGUAAGACAUACAAACAUCCUGGUAGCUUUUUCUACAGUGUUUUAGGUGAUGAUGUGUCUGGCUCUUCGGACUGUUUUGGUUCUGAGGAAUGUCAGCCUAAGACAGAGCAUCCAGACAGAACUACACAGCAACUUCUUUCUGUGGAUGACACAUCAGCCAGAACCAGGCCUCUCCGGAUGCAGCAUAAGCACAGGCCUUUUGGUCAUGUUUAUGACACGAGCAGAUGGGCAAUGUUGUUGUUAGGAAUUGAAGAUGUGAGGUAUCUAGUGUCAAAAGAUGGGCAGUUUUCAACUGUGGGCCUGUAUGCUUUGCACAUUGAAACUUUGAAUGUAGAUAUCAGUUUUACUUCAGUUUUUGAUGUUCAUAAGGACUCUCUAAGUAAACGGCAUUGUUCUUUGCUAAAUCCCAGAGAAACUCCUGGUUCUUUGGUAAAAACAGCACAGACAUCAGUCUUUUCCCCUAUUCAACAAACUCCAUGUUCCAGCCCAACAGGUACUGAAGCUUCCAGGUCAUCAACAUACCAAAGAUCACUUCCACAGACAAAAGAUAUUCCUUCACGGCAAAGACAGCAGAGUGAAUGUUGUUACGAUAUUGAUAACAUUGUGAUACCGAUGUCAUUGGUUGCCACCUCCAAGAUCGAGAAGCUGCAGUAUAAGGAAAUAAUUACACCCAGCUGGCGAAUUGUGCCCAUCAAACCGUCAAAAGAACGACACACACCAGGGGAAGUGCUAGAAGACAUUUCAGAUGAAGCAUUUUCCUUACGGCAUAAAAAGCAUGAAAAAUGGGAGCAGGCAAGAUGGUUCCUGUGGGAGCAGAGCAAAUGUCAUCGAAGAGGCAACAGGUCAUCAUCCUUCAGUAAGAAUAAUGAUGAGCAUUUGAAUCCUCACCUUCCAGCUUCUCCAGAUAUUCAAAACCAACUCAACUGUACUAGCUCAGGGUGCUGUGUUUCUGAGGUGGCACAGACUGAAGAGCCUCAGGAUUUACAUCUAGAGGGAGGGACCAAUGCAAAGGUCGUUUUACCCUGGAAUUGUCGUACUUUCCCUCUGAAUGACGAGGAGACAAAACACUUGACUCAUCCGGAGGUAGCUGUAAGUGAUAAGGUUGGACCUCAACCACUCACGAGGUCAUACUUGGCGCUCAGUGGGAAUAGCCCAACUAAUCAAUCACCAACUGGCACUGGAAGUUCAGACAGAGUGCCAUCCAAUGGACACAUAGCUACUGAAGAAGCAGAAUAUAAACUCUCACUCUGGAGACAGAGCAGUGUAAUGAAGUAGUGCUGAUAAACCUGAGAUUUAUUUAGCAAACAGAAAAUUAUUGGAUGAUCAUAAGCCAUUUUCUUCAAGAAAUCACCUUAUGGUAGUGAAAGACACCUGCAAUUCCAUAAGCUUUUUGGACUGAUUUUUAAGCUAAAAAAAUCAUUCAAAUAUAACUGUGGAAGGUUGUAUUUUCAGUUCUUUGCCUGAACUCCUGGAUGUAUUCAUUUGAGAGAAACAGUCUAAGCCUGGAGUCGUCAAUGAGAACAGCAGUAUCCAAAUUGUAAACUUUUUUCCUAAUCUGUUGAAUAUUCUGCAUCCUAUUUGACCAGCAGCUGGACCUGAGGUCAUAUCAACUAGAUCAAGAGAAAGUGUUCUGAAACUGUUUUUGUUUAGGUUUCUUUUCACACCUUUUUGCCUUCUGUUUAUCUUUAUUAACUAAAAUAAUUUUACUUAAAAA